UUGUUACCACCGAGCUACGGGAGAGAAAACGGCGGAGCAAAACCUCACGGAAAAGUGUAAACAGUGGGGGGGAAACGGCGCUACCUGAAUCGUGUUGCCGAAAUUCGGCGGUGGCAGCUAUUUUAUGAACUUGCCAGCAGAUUCAAACGCUGUCUUGUCGCCGAAAAAGAGAGGUGUUUCUCAAAGUUGAGCCGAAGAGGAGUUCAGGAUGUCGGACUGAGACAAAGGGGUCUGGGGGGCAUUCCCGUCGUAGUGCAGGUUAAACUUGGUUCUUGAAGUCUCCUCUGGAUGGGAAAGAUGGAGAGAGAGUUGCAAUGGUGGAAAGGACAGCUAGCUGCAGAUAUCCAUCAAUCGCUCCGCAUCAAGGAGCUAAAGCUACCGGUCUACCGAGCCCAUUCUCCACAGAUUGGUAUGCGGCGGUACUUUGCAGACCUGUUGGCCAUCCUGAGUAAUCGCUACCAACUAUGCCCUACAGCGCGACACCUAGCCGUCUACCUGCUGGACCUGUUCAUGGACCACUACGAUGUGGCCGUCAAGCAGCUCUAUGUCAUCGCCCUCUCCUGUCUGCUCCUUGCAAGUAAAUUUGAGGAGAAGGAAGACCGGGUUCCCAAGCUGGAGCAGCUAAACUCUCUGGGCUUUAUGUGCAGCCUGAACCUGAUUCUCAACAAGAAGGAUCUCAUCAAAAUGGAGCUUCUGCUGCUCGAGACCUUUGGCUGGAACCUGUGCAUGCCCACACCUGCCCACUUCAUUGACUUCUACCUCCAUGCCUCGGUGCAGGAGGGUGACCUUUACAACGGCUGGCCCCUCUCCUCCCUCUCCAAGACCAAGGCUUUUAUGGACAAAUAUACUCACUACUUUCUGGAGGUCUCACUGCAAGACCACGCCUUCCUAAGUUUCCGACCAUCCCAGGUUGCUGCUGCAUGUGUGGCAGCAUCUCGUAUUUGCCUUCAGAUUUCUCCAAGCUGGACGGCUGCUCUGCAUCUACUAACAGGCUACACUUGGGAACACCUCACCCAGUGCAUCGAGCUCAUGCUGCUUGCCCAUGACAAUGACGUUAAGGAGGCCAACAAGACCAAAUCCACUCCUCCUCACCGGCCCUCGUCUUUACAGUCUCAGCCUCAGACCUCUCACCUCUCUCCAAUGUCCGCCAUCCAGAGACCAGCCUCUUCCUCCUCCUCCACCUCCUCCACACCACAGCUCCUCUUUCAGCCAGACAGUUUCGCACACCUUUCCCAGCAUUCCCCGUCCCUGUCCCAGCUGCAGGCGCUGGCUGACUCCCAGGCUCUGGGGCCCGUGGUGAACAUGUCUCAGGACUUCCUUCAGAGCCACAGAAUGGGCCUCCUCACUGGGGCUUCUUCCAUGACUGCUGGGGGUGGGUUCCCCUCAUACCCAAGCUUGACCUCAGGUCUCCAGCCAGGGGUGCGCGCUCUGCCACUCCAGGGCCCCAUUUCUGUGCAGAUGGCCCUAGCUGGGGAGCCGCGCCACUGUCUGAGUAUGGCCUACAGCGGGGGCUACCUGGGGUCUCAUCACACUUUCACAGCCGGCUGCUUUGACAGGUGACGCCAGGAGACGGAGAGAGAACACAAAUCCCUGCGGGACUGCACUGCUAUGUUUCCGAGCCAGUUCCCCACCCCAAAAUAUCCUUUUGCAGACCUCCUUUCUCUCUCCGUCAGCUCCGCUACACCUUCGGCUUGUCCAACUCCCUCGCCCCAAACACAGAGACGCCUCAAACGCAAGCAGAGGUCCAAAGGCAAGGCAGACCCUGUGGAAGUCAUCACACUGACGUGAAAAAUACUCUUCCAUCAUGACAUACAGAGGCAUUGCAAAGAUGUCAUUUCCAUUCUCUCAACUGGUUUAAAAAAAAUAAAUUGAUGUUAUAUUGAGACUGUCAUCACUGUGAAUGAGAUGAAAGCAGCAUGGUGAUCCAACACCCACCUCAUUCAGUGCCUGUUCUCAGUCAUGUGAUAGCUGAGCCAUUUUUAGAGGAACACAGAACACAAAGUAUCUGUGGUCAGGAUAUCUCGCUGCUUGAAAUUAUUGUUUUUAAUUUCUUAUCCCAAAAAUGUAACAUGCUGGACAGGGAAAAUUAAGCAUGUCUUUUUCUUGAGCAACUAUUUGAGAGACAGACAAGAAGAAAGACAGUGUCCGGGAACAUCGAUCAGUCUCCUGUAGUCUUUGUUAGAGAUGAAGGGCCCCUCUGGGUAUUCCUCGCCGCAUAAGCCCUCAGAGGAGUCGAAGAAAUCAUUGCUUUGAGCACAGCAGGUAAAUCACAGCUGGAUUACAUCUGCAGUGUUUCAUCUUUUCUUUACUCCUCUUGCUGUCCUUGGCGUCUCUCCCAUCUCCAAAGUCCAGCCUUGUGGCAGAGCCGUCACACAACCAUGUGAAAAUGUGUCUCUGUGGAACCUUGAGGGCUUUUUCAUACUAAAGUUUAAAUGUUGGUGCCUCUGCACCGCUCAAAGAAUAUAACACAAAAUGAUGUGACUGGACCAGAAGGAGCCGUGGACGUUGUUAGUGUAUUGUAAAUAUGAAUUGCUGCUGCCUUCUCAUGAACGGUUGGUUCUGUGUCUGUGCUAAUGACUCCGAUGUUUACAUGAACCACUAAUUAUCAGGGACUUGAACAAGAUUACUUGAAUAUGAUGCCAUUGAAACAUGCCAUAGCUUUUAUUUAUGAUGAUUCAUUAUUUCUCUCGAUAUACAUUUUUGUUUGCUAUAGUGUAGCUUUUCUUUUACCAUCUUAGAAACACACCAUUAUUAUAGCUUUCUUUGUACCUGUUCAUAGAAACUGUUUAUUCAGGCUCAGGUUUCAAGGCUGAAACAAGCAGCCUUCCCAUUUUCCUGUGCUCUUCUGCUUUAAAGUGGGUGCUAGUGCAGCAUCUGUUGGGGCUGGAAUAAUCCCCUUCUUCAUCACUGGACCAUACUCUGCUGUGUAGUCAGUAACUGGAUGCAUGAAGCAGUCUGUUUGCAUCGCGGUGGAACAACCUCAUGGGGUCACUGGUUUCACACAUCUGUGGGCAGUCGACGGUAAUUGCCUCCCAGAUUUCUAAAGCUGCAAUCCCCAAUCUUCCACUUCCUGUUAACGUAUAAACACAUCCAGAUUGCCAGUUCUACAUGGGUUUCCCACCGGUUACCAUGGUAAUGCCUUAAACGACGGUGGGCCUCUUGUUUGGGAUGUUGUUAAACUAAUUUGGGUAUGUCAUGAAUGAUUAUUUUCUUGAUAAAGUACAAACAAAAUGAAAGGGACUGUUGAAAAUGACUCAAGAAAUUCCCAAAACGUUUGCGUUUCUCUCUUUCGAAUAACAAAUGAAUCCCAUGAUCUUUGCAGCUCGACUGAAGGACCCAACUCCUGGGAGAUGUUGACCGAAUUUUUUGUCGUGGACAUAGGCCAUCUUACCAUGUUGUGCCUUGUCCUGAGCAGCUGCCAUGCUUGCUCUGUGAGUCUUAAAACUAUACUCGGAGAAGCAUUUCUCAGAUAACACUACAUUCAGCCUUCUGAAACUACAGCAAUCACAAACCAUUUUUACAGCUAUACUGUUUGUCUUCCCACAUUUAGUUAAUAUACUUUCCAGUGAGCUAAGAUGCUAUGCCCUUUUGUUUUAACUUUUUAUGUACAGUUUUGUUAUAUUUUUUACAUUCCUUUGUUAGUGUGUUUUAGUUAACGCUUUUUGUGAUUCUCCGAUGAAUGCCGUUGGUGUGAACUAGAUUUUGUUUUUAGAGUACAACUUGCUCUUUUCCUCAUAACUCAUGAGCAACUUCUCACUGAGGUGUCAAAGGUGCAAUAUGAUGUUUUUCUGUUUAAACUGACCACAGCCAUCACUGUCUCAUGUACACCACUGGUUCAUCUUUUGUAACUUAUUUUUGAUAAUUGUGUGAUUUGAGCUGCUGCAGCUUCAUCUCUUUAGAGAGCAGUGGGCUCUGAACACAAUGAAUAUGUUGCAUAUUGCAGCCACUUCCUUUGAGUGAUAGAUAUUACUAAAUGCUUUUGUCUUUUAGCUAGAGAUGCAUUUUUUCCUCCUGUGAAAGGUGCUGAAGUCUCUCACACCAAACAACACGUGUCUAAUGUGAUAAUAAUGGAACCACAAACACCACAAACUUCCAAUUUAUAUUUUUGUAUUAUUUUGUACCAAUAUGUAGUCUUGGUGUAUGUGACGCCAAAUGAUAGAAGGAUACUUUUAUCAUGAUUUGCCACAGAAAAAUAAACACAAAAGUGAACUCAA